GCACAUUCUGGUCACGUGACUCGCAGCGUAGUUAGUCCACGAUGAUAUAAAAAAGAUCACAGUUUAUUUCAUAGUCUCUUUAAUUUAAGGCAAGCUGCUAUCCUUGGGGAGUUCGAGCUACAAGGUAGCUUUGACUCACAAAUAUCAAUCAUGACAGAACAGGCAUUUGUCACCUUGGCCACAAAUGAUAGCUAUGCAAAGGGUGCCAUGGUGCUUGGGACCUCCCUAAAGAUCCACAAGACUUCAAAUAAACUGGUGGUGCUCAUUGGACGGCAUGUGUCAGAUCAGUCCAGAUCUGUGCUUCAAGAGAUCUACGAUGAGGUGAGGCUGGUGGAUGUAAUGGACAGUGGUGACACAGCACAUUUGGUCAUGAUGAAGAGACCUGAGCUUGGUGUCACAUUUACCAAACUGCACUGCUGGACACUAACACACUACUCUAAAUGUGUCUUUAUGGAUGCAGACACAUUGGUGGUAUCAAACAUAGAUGAGCUGUUUGACAGAGAGGAGCUGUCUGCAGCCCCCGAUCCAGGAUGGCCGGAUUGUUUUAAUUCUGGUGUGUUCGUGUUUCGCCCGUCUAAUGAAACCUACGACAAACUUCUUCAGUACUGCACAGAGCACGGCAGCUUUGAUGGAGGAGACCAGGGAGUUUUAAACGGCUUCUUCAGUGACUGGUCAACAGCUGACAUCACCAAACAUCUUCCAUUCAUCUAUAAUAUGAGCAGCAUAGCAAUAUACACGUAUCUUCCAGCAUUUAAACAAUAUGGUGCAAAUGCAAAAGUGGUCCACUUCCUAGGGCGGAUGAAGCCGUGGAGUUACACGUAUGACCCCGAGCAGAGGAGAGUGCGAGGGGAUGUUCAUGAGGCGACCUCUCACCCCAGCUUUCUCCUGGAGUGGUGGCAUCUGUACAGUAGGGAAGUGGUGCCCAUGUUGCUCAGAGAGUAUGGAGACUUGCCCUUUAACUCCGGCUGUGAACAGGAGGAUCCUCUGCCCCCUUUGACCUCAGCAGAGCGCAGGAAGAGGUGGGAACAAGGUCAGGCCGACUACAUGGGAAUAGACUCUUUUGACAACAUUCAGAUAAAGCUUGAUGCUUUCCUUAAAUAAAAAGGAUUCAGUGAGGGGAUAAAAAAAUCGCAAAUUCUCAACAUGCAGUUUUUGCAGAGUAACAAGUUUAGAUACAGUUUACUGUUACUAUUGUUUGGGAAGCAAAUGAGCUAUGCAAUGCUGUUACACUUGUGAUAUGUUAAAUCAUUUCACUCUUUCUUUUUUAUACACUUGCAAGAACUUAAGCCUUUCCAUGCAAAAUCUGCAUAACACUUUCUUGAGCUUAAAAAAGUGAAAAUGUUUAGGUCACUUGAUUGAAUUAAAAACUAUGUUAAAAGCUUUUGUUAUGACAACAUUUUGUUAUGAAUGUAUGUGAAGAAAACAGAAUUGUGCCAACAUCAAAUUCUUAUGUUGCAAAACAAAAUUGUGACCCUGGACCACAAAAUCAGUCAUAAGUCACAUGGGUAUAUUUGUAGCAAUACCCAACAAUUUUCUUCUAAAAAUAUAUAAACAUACAAAUAUCAAAUGAAAGAACAGGCCCCUUUGCUUUCAAACUAACAAUACACAAACUAAAUGGGAAAAAAGUUUCAUCCUAUCUAUAUUUUUUUCUCUGCUUAUAAAAAAGAUGGGUAUUUUUCUUUAAAAAAAAAAUAUAUUUUUUAAGCAAAAAUGUGAAAUAAUGGCAUUUUUUAAAGGAAUUUUGUUAGAGAUUAGAUUCAGAAUGAUUAUCAAAACAUACACACACUGUAAAAAAUACUUUGCUGCCUUAAAGUUUUUUGUUAAAUCAACUCAGAUUUACAAGUCAUGUCAACAGAGAUAAGUUGUCACAACUUAUAAAAUAUAGUUGAGAAAAGGCAACUUAAUUUUAUAAAGGAACUCACCUCUAGUCAAGAUAAAUAAUAGUAAGUUGAAAUGACUUGAAAAUCCAAGUUGAUUCAACAAAAAAAAUACAGUGCAGAGUUUAAAAUUAGUAAAUAACGUUUUGGCAUCAGUUUUUUCAUAAAUUUGGUCAUUUAUAUUGGAUAAUUGCGGUAUUGCAGAUAAAAAAUCAUCAGGAACACGUUUUUUUAAUGCAAAUGUUUUCUCUUAAUUGACGAGAUAAUUUGUCAAUGGUGGGGGAAGAGUUAAAUUAAGAUCAUGUUAGGAUAAUCCUUGUAUCAAUAUAUCAAACUUUUAUUUAUCAUCAAUAAUGUGUUACUAAGCACUUAAUUUGGACAAGGUGAUUUUCUCAAUAUUUAAGUUUUUUUGCAACCUCAGAUUCCCGCUUUUUAAAUAGUUGUAUCUCGGCCACAUUUUGUGGUGUCCUAACAAACAAAACACUAAUGGAAAGCUUAUUCGGUUUUCAGAUGAUGUAAAUCUCAAUUUAGAAAAUUGACCCUUAUGACUGGUUUUGUGGUCCAGGGUCACAUUUAUGUUUUUUUUUUUUAUAAAGCACUUGGGCUUAAUCAUAAAAGAAAAGGAAUAUAUACAAAUCCAUUCAAUACUGUUAAGAAGCAUCUCAGUGUGAGACCUUAAGAAACUGCAUGAUUCUAAGGGUGACUAUUGAAGAUGCCAAAAUAGUUUUAAUUUUGGAUUUUGUAGUCACAGUUCUCCAAGUAACGUGUUAUUCCAAUGUUAGUGAGUAAACUAUUAAACAUACAAAGAAUGAGAAAGUGACCCUAAACAUUUGAUAAGUAGUGUAGUUUUAGGGUAACCCAUCUACCAGCUUUUACUUGACAUGAUGAUCCUUAUAAGCACUUACUGAUAGCACAUAUGUUUAUCAAGUUCAAGCUUGUUUAAUGUAAAGCACACCCUGAGAAGCUACUUUAAAAGGCGCUGUAUAAAAAUUAUUAUUAUUAUCAUCAAGUGAUCAACUUGAAACUUGAUCAAAGCUCAAAUUGCUUUAUAGUGCAAUUUAAACUCGUUUUUUUUUUCAUAUUGCCUGUAUUUUAAAAUGUGUUUACUUUAUAUCAAAAAGUCAAUAUCUUUUAGACAGUUUCUGUAAAUUGUCAUAUGGUUUCACUUUUUCAA